AUGGACCGUGAGAAUCCACUGGCUGCCAGACACUGUCAUCACCACGGCCAUCUUUGUGGCAAGAGAACAGACGUCACAGUUAUUCUUGACGUGCCCUUGACAUUGGGACAAGACGCGCUAAACGAGACCUUAACUUUCCUGACCAACUUGACCGAUUACUUUGAGAUCGGACAAUCUCACGUGCUCAUCAGCGUAUGGACAAUACGGCCAAACGUGACCCAAGCUUUCUGGUUCAACAACUACACAGACAGAACAGGCUUGAAGAGGGCCAUCGCAAAUAUUGGUUCCGUCGAUGCAGAUAACAACAGAGCUCAAGAACUCAACUCAGCUCAUUUGUUUUCCUUGAGUCAAGGCGCCAGACGGUCAGCAGCUAAACGGUUGCUACUGGUAACUGACGGGAGUUUUGUUCGAGAUUCAAAGAUUUUUAUGGAGGUUCAAAUAAUGAAGUUUCAACACAUUAAGAUAGUCACAGUUAUAGACAACAACUUCGGUAACGCAACGUACUACAAAACCUUCUACGACAUCAAGACCUACAACGCCACCAACACCUCCAACGCCACCAACACCUCCAACGCCACCAACACCUCCAACGCCACCAACACCUCCAACGCCACCAACACCUCCAACGCCACCAACACCUCCAACGCCACCAACACCUCCAACGCCACCAACACCUCCAACGCCACCAACACCUCCAACGCCACCAACACCUCCAACGCCACCAACACCUCCAACGCCACCAACACCUCCAACGCCACCAACACCUCCAACGCCACCAACACCUCCAACGCCACCAACACCUCCAACGCCACCAACACCUCCAACGCCACCAACACCUCCAACGCCACCAACACCUCCAACGCCACCAACACCUCCAACGCCACUAACACCUCCAACGCCACCAACACCUCCAACGCCACCAACACCUCCAACGCCACCAACACCUCCAACGCCACCAACACCUCCAACGCCACCAACACCUCCAACGCCACCAACACCUCCAACGCCACCAACACCUCCAACGCCACCAACACCUCCAACGCCACCAACACCUCCAACGCCACCAACACCUCCAACGCCACCAACACCUCCAACGCCACCAACACCUCCAACGCCACCAACACCUCCAACGCCACCAACACCUCCAACGCCACCAACACCUCCAACGCCACCAACACCUCCAACGCCACCAACACCUCCAACGCCACCUACAACACGUACUACUCCUUCAACAAAAAUCACCACAGUUACAACACUCCCAACACCAUCAACAAGUACCACUUCAAGUUCAACAACUUCCACAUCAACAACAACUUCAACUCCAACUACAACUACUAA